AUGGAGAUGAAGUGGCAGCAUGUAAGCAAUGUGACUGGGCUUUACCCCGUGCAUUACAGCGGCGACCACAACCUUCUGGACUACAAACUCAUCAAGGUAUCAGGAGAGACUGUCGUGGACGCCCACGAAAAAGGGGGAGAGAGUUCCUUCGCUGUCAUCACGCUCUAUCUACAGAGCCUUUGUGACUACCACCUCCUAAACAGCUUCGCCCCAAGCUGUCUCAUGUUCGUCAUCUCCUACGCAACAUUCUUCUUUCCCAUCGAAGACUUCAACGAGAGGAUCAUGGUGUCACUGACCUCCUUGCUAGUGUUGGCAGGUCUCUUCGCGCAGGCCACUGGUUCCUAUGUUAAGACACCUUACUAUAAACUGCUCGAUAUCUGGUACGUCAUCCUCAUCGCCUUCUGUUUCUGCGUCGUUAUUGUUAACGUCGCCGUCAACUCGGUGAGAAUGCAUACUAGGUCUCGCACCUACUGUGUGCCACACAAGACUGACAAAGUUAACUUGUUCCUCACGAAGGCCAAGAGAGUUAACUUCGUGGCCCGUACCUUAUUUGCCUGCCUCUUCUCGCUUUUAGUUGUCAUAUACACAUGCUUUGCACUGGACGUUGUGUAG